AAAAACUGUUUAAGAGUACAAGAUUUUUUGGGUACUUAACCCUUAGCUUGGCACAACGUACGUCAAACACUGCAAUCAAAUUCAGAUAAUAUAAAGAAUAGUCAUACACUAUAAUCAAAUUCAUAAAAUAUAAAGAAAUGGUAGAAAGCCAUAUUUGGUGACGCAGCCGCUUAGCUUUGGUCAAUAAAAGUAUCUUGCCGGCCGGAAUCUUUCUUUAUAUAUAUAUAUAUACAAACACAUAUGCUGAGAAAGAUUUUAUAUACACUUGUAGUCUGUAGAUCAGUGGUCCUAUAGCUCUCUCUCCUCGAGGUCCUCCGUUACAGUAGCGGAGUAGACGGUCAUACUGUGCAAAACCUGUGGCUAAAAUGGAACCAAUGGGUAGAUGCCACGUGGUGGCCUUGCCUUAUCCAGGAAGAGGACACAUCAAUCCUAUGAUGAACCUCUGCAACUUACUAGCUUCUCGGAGCGACCAUCUUCUAAUCACCUUCGUCGUCACGGAGGAGUGGCUCGGCUUCAUUGGCUCCGAGCCCAAGCCGGCUAACAUUCGCUUCCGCACAAUCCCAAACGUCUUGCCUUCCGAGCUGGUCCGAGCCGCCGAUAUGCUCAGCUUCGUUGAAGCCACUCUGACAAAGAUGGAGGAACCGUUCGAGCAGCUCCUGGACCGGCUGGAGCCGCCGCCAACCAUCAUCAUGACUGAUGUUUGUAUUUCAUGGGCGAUUGAGGUUGGGAAUCGGAGAAAUAUUCCGGUAGCUGCGCUUUGGCCUAUGCCGGUGUCGGUGUUUUCCUUCAUUUACCAUUUUGACCUCUUGGUGCAAAACCAGCAUUAUCCUGUUGAUUUGUCAGAAAGAGGAAAUGAGCGGGUGGAUUACAUCCCUGGAAUAUCAUCAAUCCGUUUAGCUGACUUGCCUACAAUCUUCUACAAAAACAAACAAAACUUCUUGAACCAAGUUAUCAAAAUAAUUUCUCCAGUGUCUAAAUCACAAUUUUUCUUGUUCACCACCAUAUUUGAGCUUGAAGCUGAGGUCAUCAAUGCUUUAAGACCAAAAUUGCCAAUGCCUAUGUACUCUUUUGGCCCUCUAAUACCUCACUUUACACUUGGAGACAAUGCCUCUAAUCACAUGAGUACUCCCAAUGACACCGACUACCACAAAUGGUUAGAUUCUCAACCUCAAGGCUCUAUUUUGUACAUUUCAAUGGGGAGUUACCUUUCUGUUUCAAGUACCCAAAUGGAUGAAAUUGCAGCCGGGUUGCACGCUAGUGGUGUUAAGUACUUGUGGGUGGAGCGUGGGGAAGCUUCGAGGCUAAAGGAGGCUCGUGGAGACACGGGAAUGGUAGUGCCUUGGUGUGACCAAUUGAAGGUACUGAGCCAUUCUUCGAUAGGAGGAUUUUGGAGCCAUUGUGGAUGGAAUUCGACUAUGGAAAGUGUUUUCGCAGGCGUGCCAAUGCUCACUUUUCCUAUACUUAUGGAUCAAGUCACAAUCAGUAAGUUUAUAGUAGAAGAUUGGAGGAUUGGGUGGAGGGUGAAGAGGGAGUGGGGAAUGGAAAAUUUGGCGCGGAGAGAGGAAAUUACUGACAUUGUGAGGAGGUUCAUGGAUUUGGAAAGCCCAGAGAGACAAGAAAUGAGUAGACGGGCAAGAGAACUUCAGGUAAUCUCUCGACAAGCAAUUGCUGAAGGAGGAUCUUCUGAAGAUAACGUUAAUGCUUUCAUUAGGGAUAUUUUGCGGCUGACAAGAACACGAAGCUGAUUUAUGCAA